AUGACAAAAAAAAUUGCAGGAUAUCAUCAUGCAUCUCCUUUUGGUUUGGAUUCACACCAAACAGCUCCAGCUGCUUAUCCGAUAUACGACCAGACAGCAUUAACGGCCCAUUCUCAUCAGCAUUAUAUGCCACCACCUUCAAAUCCAACAGGAGUAAAAGCGGAUGAUGAAGAAGCUACAGACGAAAUAGAAGAUGAAGUAAACGAAGACGAUGAAGAAAGCGGGGAUAGCAAAAAGAAACGAAGAAAGCGACGAGUUUUGUUUACAAAAGCACAAACCUAUGAACUUGAGCAUCGAUUCCGUACACAGCGCUACCUAUCAGCACCGGAACGAGAACAGCUUGCAAUGCAGAUCAGGCUAACCCCCACACAAGUCAAAAUAUGGUUUCAGAAUCACAGGUAUAAGACUAAAAAGACAUUGCAAGAUAAAGGAUUGAACUCAAAUUUACUGCACAAUUCGGUGCCUACGUCGUCCGCUGCAUUCACUCCAGCUAGACGUAUUCCGGUGCAGAUGUUGGUCCGUGACGGUAAGCCAUGCCCAACAGAUUUUGUUUCCCCGUAUCCGACCACAGGUACGUUAUCCAAUUCGUUCCCUGCCGGCAGUGGCUACUUUCCACAGGCUGCAGCAACACUCCCGCAAAACUCCCAAUAUUAUGGUUGGAACUGGUGA